AUGGCAGCAAAGCGCGCUCUUGGCAUCGAUGAGAUCGUUGACUCGCAAGAAACCGACUAUUUCAAGAAGAGGCUAAAGCUUGACGAUGAUGAAUAUCGAAUCGAGACUGACGACGUACGGCCGAUGAUCGACCUCGACCUGUUUCGCGCCCUCACCGUAGAUCGACCACAGUGGACCCUCUCACCAGGAGAAAUACCGAAAGGCAGCAAAAAGGUCUACUGUGUCCUCCGGGGACGCGUGCCCGGCUUCUACUACGACUAUUCUGGCCCCCAAGGUGCUCAAGCGCAGGUUAGUGGUUCUGCCGAUAACCUCUUCCAAUCUUUUCCACGCGGUAAGAAAGCCUCUAUCAGGCCAGGUAACGUGCAAGAAGUCGUCGAUGAUGCUAUCCGCUACAUGAACCACAGCCACAGCUCGUGCACCUAUGGCUGCGGCGGCAAAUGUGCGUUUGCACAGUCUUCCACCUCGCAGCAACCGAGCGACGUGAACAGACCUCGAUUUUGGGCGCAGCCCAAAAGCCGAUCACUCAGUGUCUGCAGGUAUUGUGACCGGAAUCCUCCUGUUCACAAGGGAAGAGUAUGCCAGGCGUGUCUCUCGACGCCAGAACGUAUUUCUAAAUUGAAGUUGUGCAUUGCCGACUACAACCUCAAGUGAGUCGCCUUCAGCGCUGACACAUGCUGCUCCUGGGCUAAACCUAGUGUGUCCUCACUAGCGCAGAACAAGCCAGUGUGGUAUCCGCCGUUGCGGAGGGCAGAAACUGCUUCUUCACUGGUGCAGCAGGAACUGGUAAAUCGCGUGUGGUUGAAGCGCUCAUCGCGUACUUCCGGUGCAACCAAAUACGAGUUCGGGUGGUCGCACCGACGGGUACGUCAAAGCAUUUCAGAUUAAGGCGGACACUAAUCUAUUGCAGGCAUGGCCGCACUCAAUGUCUUUGGAACUACUUUGCAUAUGUAUGCUGGCUGGAGUGUGAAGCUUGGCGCGAGUUCGUUGGAUGCGCUUGAAGGCGUUGCACAUGAGACAAAAGUCUGGAAGCGCUUCUCCGACACUGAUACGCUCGUCAUCGACGAGAUCAGCAUGGUGGAGGCUGACACGCUCGCGAGGCUGUCUUUCAUGAUGCAGAAGGCCCUGCACAACAUGAAGCUCCCAUUUGGCGGUGUGCAGGUCGUAAGUCCAACCACACAGAAACCCGAGCCUACCACGACAACAGCUAAUUCAUCUCGCGAGCCAGGUCAUUACUGGUGACUUCUACCAGCUUCCGCCUGUACUCCCCUUCUCUACCUGCCUAUCCUGCGGUGACGCCACACUUAAAUCCCAAGACGAUCCAGAUGCGCGUAUCUGUACGAAGCAUGGCGAGUUCCGUGACGAGGACAAAUGGCCUUUUCGGGGUUCCGUCUGGAGGGACUGCGAAUUUGCCAACAUUCAACUGGUGAAGCUGCUUCGACAGACAGAUACGAUGCUCAGUGAUAUUCUACGAUCCAUGCGGAUGGGAAUCGGCUGGACAUCCGUGCAAGAGCACGCACUACUAGAUCACGAGAAUGAUGUCGACUUUGAAAUGGCGAUCAAAUUGAGUCCGCUGAGGCACGAGGUCUCGGCGAUCAACGAGGCGCACUUGGACAGGAUCGUUGAACCCACACGCCAGUACAGCUGCAUUGACAAUGUGCGCUGGAGACAAAAGCACCCAGAAUUCGUGGACCCAACUGAACCCGGUGGAAUGUCCACAGCACCCUUUGCCAGCCUGCGUACACAUCGAUACGAGAACGAGUUGGUGCUGAAGCAAGGCAUGAAGGUUCUGCUGACUCACAAUCUCGAUAUCGGGGCAGGACUGGUAAAUGGCACUGGCGGCAGGAUCGUCGGCUUUCAGCGGUGGAGAUUGCCGGCCGAGUCAUCAGAACACUUGCGGCACUCGAAGCUCUGUGCUACCGAAGAGCGACGGAAGGCUCACAAGUAUGGAAAAUAUAUGCAGGACCAGGUCGACAUUUUCCAAGAACAGGUCAAUGACAAGCUUUGGCCGAUUGUCAGAUUCAGCAAUGGCCUUGAGCGGGUUGUUACCGCACAUUGUAGCAUUCAAGAGUUGGGAACCGAUGAACCUUACAGUCUGCUGUCGCGCACCCAGAUCCCCUUGACCGCAGGCUGGGCUAGUAAGUUGAUUGGCCUGUUCUAUAUCUGAAUCUCGGCACCUGUGCUAACAUGGUCGUAGUCACGAUCCAUAAGAGUCAAGGCAUGACACUGGAGAACGUUGUUGUUAAUCUCGACAAAUGUUUUGCUCCCGGACAGGCCUAUGUCGCUCUAAGCCGCUCCAAAUCGUUGUCCACUACCAAAGUGCAAACUCUACCCUCGAAGAGCGGGCUUCUUUUACCAGACGAAACAGUAAGGGCAUUCAUGGAGGAGACUUUUGCUGCUACAGGAGGGAUGUAG